CUGCUUGGUGAACUAAAGACCGAAAACGCCCACCCCGAGAAAAAAUCAGUUACUCGUCUUUCUUUACAUGGACUAUUCCAAACCCAAUGCCCAGUUUUUCGAAUGGAAAACAAUAAUCAAUCUCCGCCGACUACUUCGGCUGCUUCGAGCUCGCCGUCGACGGACUCAACCAGAAACGGAGAAGAUUUUGGUGUUGCAUCAACGUCGUCGACGAAUUCGCAGGUGCAAGAGGAGGAGACAGCCGCUGCCGAAGAGGAAGCGGAGGGUAACGGACUAAGAUAUCCGGAGCUGAUACAGCAGAGGACGAGCUUGUCCUAUAACGCAUAUUCAACGGUAACGGAGAACGCACAUGAUGUUGUGGGACGGAUGAGAGGCGACUCGUUGUCUUGCUUUGUCGUUAUCCUCGCCUACUGGUUCUUCGUAUCUAUGACUAUGAUAAUGGGAGUAUAUGGUCCUGCAAGUUUAUUGCUCGGACCGUACUCUUCGAUCCUGAUAAAGCCUAAUUCCUUUUUCGUGGAGUAUGUAAAGAUAGCGGAAAUUCACGAGGCAGCUAAUGGAGUUAUGCUAUAUGGAUUCCACAAAGACCCACCACUGGAUGUUGUAACCUCCUGGUCUGAGACUCAUAAAACCACUCUCUUCUCCCGCAAUCACAAGGAAUGGAUAUAUUUCUUAAAUGAAGGAUCUCAAGUAAAUGUUUCAUACGAUGUUAACUCUCCAAGCUCCUCUUCUUUAGUCUUUGUAAUUGCCCAAGGUAGUGAAGGUCUUAAUCAGUGGCUUGAGGACCCAUCGUACCCGAAUUCCACCUUAUUAUGGCAAAUUAUACGAGGCAGUGGCCUGAUCCAGCAGGAUAUAUUAACAUCCUCUAAUUACUAUGUUGCAAUUGGUAACUUGAAUGCUGAAGCAGUGGAGGUGCAGUUGAAUAUGAGAUUAAAGACUUAUCUAUAUAAUACAACUGGGGCUUACUACCAGUGUGGUCUUACUGAAAGUGGAUGUAGUUUUAAACUCUCGUUUACUGGUGGACAUACUGCUCUUCUAACCUCUCCUGCUCCAACACCCGGUAGAGGAAAUAACGAGUCCCAUGUGAAUCUCUCCUAUGGGCCCAGAUGGGUGACAUAUGUUGUGGGCAUAGGUGGAAUGACAAUUCUCAUGUUAGUGGCCUUCCACUUCUUCAUCCAUCUCCGGUGCACAAAUCAAGAUGGAAGUAGAAUUCGAUCUGGAGAAACAGGAUCUGCGAGGACCCCUCUGCUUGAAAACAAAGAUGAUGAUAUCUCGAGCUGGGGUUCCUCGUAUGAUUCUGUCUCACAAGAUGAUGUGGAUGCUGAAGAGGGGCAGGCAGCGGGUUCACUUGAGGGUACAUCAGCAAAAGAUGGUGAAUACAAUAAUAAUAUCCGACGUCUAUGUGCAAUAUGCUUUGAUGCUCCUAGGGACUGUUUCUUCCUUCCAUGUGGGCAUUGUGUGGCUUGUUUCGCAUGUGGCACGAGGAUAGCAGAGGCUGCCGGUGCUUGUCCUAUCUGUCGUAGAAAUAUGAAGAAAGUCAGGAAGAUAUUCACAGUUUGAGCAGCUAAGCAAUCAUGUCACAUUUACGCUGCCUUCUGCACAUAUCACGAUGUUGAACCAAAUGCUAUGUUCACCAAGAAUUUGAUAAUUAACAGACUAGAAAAUUUUGGAUGACAAGGUAAUUUUCUUAUUCUGACGUGUGUCAACCAUUUAUAAUUGUAUUUCCAUGAACCAUUGGUGGUACGGAUGCUCUAAAGAAUUAUUUACAGUCAUUUUAGCCUACAAAUAUUAAUGUUUGUGAAUAUGUAUGUGAAGACA